AUGAAAGACGACGACACUCUCCCUCCCGAGUACGAUAGCGAGGAGCACUUCAAGACGUAUGCGGUCUCUCGAUAUGAUCAGAUGGUGCUGGAAAACGACAAGGAGAUAGACUGGUGGUGGUCUCUGCUGGCGAAGGUUUUCUCGUGGCUAUUGUUGGCAGGCUACAUCGUGUUUCCUUCCACGUUCGCUUCGUUGAGGAGGUCGCAAGUUCUCGAAAGCAUGGGCAAGGUUGGGCAGACGGUGUCGUUCUGGGUCAACGACUGUCUGAUUGCUCUUGCCUCUGUGCUCUCGGGCGUCGCAUCCAUCGGCUUGGCGUGGCUGUGGUUCAAGUGGCGUGCGAACUACGUCUGGGUGCAUCAGCACAUCAUCAUUCCCACGUUAGUCAACUCGCUGAUUGGGUUUUUGUCUACCAUUCUAAACAUCUAUACCGUUCACGGGGGCCAAUGGUCUGCGACGUCGAUAGCUACUACAACGGUUACCGGCUGGUGGCUGGCCGUAUCUUGCGUUUUGUGCGGGGUCUACCAAUACUUACUAGAUGGAUUACGUCGCAAGAUGGAAUGA